UUGGACGGCGAGUGGGCAAGGAACACAAGUGUUUGCCAGGCUGCUUGGACAAAAUCUGCUUCGUUGAACAUCAUGGCAAAAUUUGGAGCAAAAGGAGUGACUCUGAAGGACAAACUGGAAGGCAAUGAGUUGGACUUAAGUUUGUGUGACUUGAAUGAGGUGCCAGUUAAAGAGCUGGCAGGGCUUCCAAAGGCUACUGUUUUGGACCUGUCCUGUAACAACCUCACCUCUUUACCAUCAGACUUCUGCAGUUUGACCCACUUGGUGAAAUUGGACCUGAGUAAAAAUCAGCUUCAACAGCUGCCUUUGGACUUUGGUCGUUUGGUUAACUUGCAACACCUGGACCUUCUGAACAAUCGAUUAGUUACCUUGCCAGUCAGUUUUGCACAACUCAAGAACCUGAAGUGGCUGGAUCUGAAGGACAACCCACUGGACCCCUCACUGGCUAAGGUAGCUGGAGAUUGCUUGGAUGAAAAGCAGUGUAAGCAGGCUGCUGUUAGGGUUCUGCAGUAUAUGAAGUCUAUCCAGUCUGAGCUGGAUCGUGAGAGGCAACGAAAGCUACAGGCAGAGCGAGAACUGGAGAAGAAACGUGAAGCAGAGCGACGAGCAAGGGAGGCCCAAGAGCGGGAACUGCGAAAGAGGGAAAAGGCAGAGGAGAAGGAACGCAGGAGAAGGGAGUACGAUGCUCUGAAAGCUGCAAAGCUGGAACUGAAUAAACACAGAAAGAAAGAAAAUGGCGAAAAUCCAAAAUUCUCAGUUUCCCAUUCAUCAAAGCAGCCUCAAAACAAACGUUCCUGGUCUGGAAUCCUGCUGAAGAUGCUGCUGUUCCUGCUGUUAACUGCCCUCAGUACUUUGGCUAUUUGCAAGGUUACCGAUCUGCAGCACAAACCUGUGUGCAUCAGUGUGAACAUGCUCUAUGAAGACGCACUCGCUGUUUUGCAAAGUCACAGAAUCAUGCAGAAUGUCCUGCGGCCAAACUCACAGGAGUAGUAAUGUUGGCUCAGCCCUGAAGGACUCUUCCACUGUCAGCAUCUCUUUCGACUGUUUCUAUAUCAGUACAGCCAGAAUUCCUAUGGAAUUGUGUUUUGGUGAAAAUUGCCUUUAGUCAUUCAGCAUUGGCUUUGGUGGCCCCCUUCAAACAGAACAGAAUCACUGCCCGGUACCCCUCCCCUGCAGCUGCUGUGGCUAAUGAGAACUUGUUGCCAUUUCCUUUCUCUAUAGAAGAGCAUUUUCUGGGCUACAAAACACAGGCUACUUGCCUAAAGAAGAACAAGGAGGGCCUAUAUGCUUAAUAUCUAGCCUUGCUCUGUGAGGUUACCUAUUUGUCAUCUUUUAAGAAAAUUUUGUAUAAAAUCUUUAAUGUUGUAUUGCUGUAGGGACCAAACACUAUGUGGGAUGGCUGAGUUGCCCAUGGAAUUGAGGUGGU